UAGCAUACUCCCUCUCUCUUGCACGGUCACACUGUAUACAUCUCGCUAAUUGUGCAAAGAAAAGGUGAAAAAAGAGACAAUUUACGCAAAAUCUUAAGAAAAUUCCAACUAAAAUAGUUUUAAAGCACAGCCAACACCCAAAGCAGCAAAAUGACGUGGGAACCACAGGGAGAAGGUCUGCAGCAGAUCAUAGCGAUCCUCAAGGAGUCGCAGUCACCGGACACAGCCACUCAAAUGGCCGUACAGAUGAAACUGGAGGAAUUCAAUCGCUACCCCGACUUCAACAACUAUCUUAUCUAUGUGCUGACGAAACUGAAGACAGAGGACGAGCCCACGAGAUCACUCAGCGGCCUAAUCCUCAAGAACAACAUCCGCAUGCACGGCACCACUCUGCAGCCGGAGAUCGUGGAGUAUAUCAAACACGAGUGCCUGCAGGCAGUGGGCGACGCUUCGCCCCUGAUCCGUGCCACCGUGGGCAUCCUGAUUACCACCAUCGCCAGCAAUGGCGGUCUGCACAACUGGCCGCAGCUGCUUCCAUCUCUCUGCGAAAUGCUCGACAACCAGGACUAUAAUGUGUGCGAAGGCGCAUUCAGUGCCCUGCAGAAAAUUUGCGAGGACUCUGCCGAGAUUUUGGAUUCCGCAGCGCUCAACAGGCCAUUAAACAUAAUGAUUCCAAAGUUCCUGGAGUACUUCAAGCACAGCAGUCCAAAGAUCCGCUCCCACGCCAUUGCCUGCAUCAACCAGUUCAUCAUCAACAGAUCACAGGCUCUGAUGCUAAACAUAGACAGCUUCAUUGAGAACCUCUUUCACCUGUCAUCAGAUGAGGACCACGAGGUGCGCAAAAACGUGUGCCACGGAUUGGUCAUGCUGCUGGAGGUGCGAAUGGACCGUCUGAUGCCGCACAUGUCGCAGAUUAUUGAGUACAUGCUGUUGCGCACCCAGGACACCGAUGAGGGUGUGGCCCUGGAAGCAUCCGAGUUCUGGCUUUCACUGGCCGAGCAAAGCAUCUGCAAGGACGUGCUUGCCCCUUAUCUUGCUCAAUUAGCGCCAGUUCUUGUACGAGGCAUGCGGUACUCAGAGGUCGACAUAAUUCUCCUCAAGGGAAACGUUGAGGAGGAUGACAUGGUGCCCGAUCGAGAAGAGGAUAUCCGCCCGCGUUUCCACAAGUCCCGUGCACACACAAUCAGGAGUACACAAGAGGGAGGAGCUGGAGCGACAGGCGAUGAUGACGACGACGAAUUUGAAGAUGGAAUGGACGACGAUAGCUCGCUAUCGGAAUGGAACUUGCGCAAGUGCAGCGCAGCUGCUCUCGAUGUAUUGGCGAAUGUUUUCCGAGAGGAUUGUCUGCCCGUUGUGCUGCCCAUCCUGAAAGAGACUCUGUUCCAUCAAGAAUGGGUGAUCAAAGAGAGUGGUGUGCUGGCCUUGGGAGCUAUUGCGGAGGGCUGCAUGCAGGGCAUGAUCCAACACUUGCCAGAGCUGAUUCCCUACCUAAUUAGCUGCCUUUCCGACAAGAAGGCACUGGUGCGCUCCAUCACAUGCUGGACGCUCUCGCGAUACGCCAAUUGGGUUGUCAACCAGCCGCACGACCAGUACUUGAAGCCUCUAAUGGAAGAACUGCUGAAGCGCAUUCUAGACUCCAAUAAGCGCGUUCAGGAAGCUGCGUGCUCUGCCUUUGCUACUCUGGAGGAGGAGGCCUGCACGGAACUGGUGCCCUACCUGGAGUAUAUUCUAAAGACGCUCGUCUUUGCCUUCUCCAAGUACCAGCACAAGAACUUAUUGAUACUGUACGAUGCCGUGGGUACUUUGGCGGACUCCGUAGGUCAUCAUCUGAAUAAGCCGCAAUAUAUUGACAUCCUAAUGCCUCCGCUAAUUGAUAAGUGGAACCUGCUGAAGGAUGACGAUAAGGAUCUGUUCCCAUUGUUGGAGUGCCUGUCGAGCAUCGCCACUGCCUUGCAGUCCGGCUUUCUGCCCUACUGCGACCCGGUGUAUCGAAGGUGCAUCUCUCUUAUUGAGCAGACUAUCAACCAGGAAAUGCUGUGUAAACAAAACCAAACGUACGACCAUCCCGACAAAGAGCGCAUGAUUGUCGCCCUAGAUCUGCUGUCUGGCCUAGCCGAGGGUUUGGAUCGCCACAUCGAGACAUUGGUGGCCAACAGCAACAUUAUGCAUCUACUCUACCAGUGUAUGCAGGACGUUUUGCCUGAGGUUCGCCAAUCUUCGUUUGCCCUGCUGGGUGAUUUGACUAAGGCCUGUUUCCCCCACGUGCAUCCCUUCAUGGCCGAUUUCUUCCCCAUCUUGGGUCAAAACCUUAACCCAGACUUCAUUUCGGUCUGCAAUAAUGCUACUUGGGCCAUAGGCGAAAUCUGCAUGAAAUUGGGUGAGGAGACCAAGCAGUACAUACGCCUUGUACUCAGCGACCUUUUCAUCAUUAUCAACCGCCCGAACACGCCCAAGACACUGCUGGAGAACACAGCAAUAACAAUCGGUCGUCUAGGUUAUGUGUGCCCAGUUGAAGUGGCUCCUUAUUUGCCCGAAUUUGUACGACAGUGGUGCACAUCGUUGCGGCACAUACGAGACAAUGAUGAGAAGGACUCAGCCUUCCGUGGAAUGUGUCAUAUGAUCACGGUGAAUCCAGCUGGCGUGGUAGCAGACUUUAUAUUCUUCUGCGAUGCCAUCGCUUCCUGGGUUAACCCACCAGAGGAUCUGCAUCAGAUGAUACAGAAGAUUCUGCACGGUUUUAAGACCCAAGUGGGCGAGGAGAACUGGCGUCGAUUUGUGGAGCAAUUCCCGCCAACCUUGGCCGAGCGCCUGACCACAAUGUAUAACAUCUAAGGCUAGCCAUGCCAUAAAACACCCACCUUCACCCAUUAGCGAGCCAAGCAGCAACUUUUUAACUAGACAAUUAUGUACAAGUAUGCGUAAUAAGCGUGUCGUCUUUAUCUUUAGCCUCCUUAAGUUAUUCGAUGCAGUUCGAAUGUUAAGUUAACAUUGAAAAUCUAAGCUUAUAGAAAUCGAAAAAAACAGCAAAUCCACAUAAAAGAAACUACAUAACUAGAUUUAAAUCCACAAACAUAUAUCGAAAAAUCGAAUAGAGAAGAAUCGUAUAUAUUUGAAUUCAAGCUAGAGGAUCUUUGAUCUGUAGAACCUCUUUAGGCACACGACUGUCCGCUUACAGCAUAUAAAAUGCCUUUCUUGUGCAGAAAACUUAGUAGGAACCACUAGAAAAUUAUGUGUUCCGGCCGUACUUAACCGGAGUCAGUGCUAUAGCAGAUAUGCCCCAUUCUCCAAUACACUCUGCCCCAAAACCCAAACCGAAAAUAGAGUUGAAUAUGUUAAACACACGGGUGUUUCUCAUAUAGUAAUAGAAAAGCUAAAUGAAAAAUCGUCGAAACUAAAUGAUAUUGCGGGUCCUCGUCGCGGUAAUUAAAAACUAAAUAACUAAAUAAAAUCUUUAAAGGAUGAAAGUGUUGGGUCUCCUGUGAAAUCCUAAGAUCAGAAAUGGAAAAAUGGAUUCAAUGGCAGGUGCACACAAAAUUGUUACAAAUCAAACAAAGACUGAUGUUCAACUCCGUUCAAAAACCAUAGAAAGCAUUCAUCAACAGCGGAUUCCAAUUUCCCAGAAGUAUCCAACACUUUCGUCAUUUAUAUAACAAACAAAAAAUGGAAUCGAAAAAAAUCGUCGCGUUUCGGGUUCUAACGGUUUCGCGUUCGCGUAUUUUCGUCGCUCGUUCGUAAUCGUAAUCGUCGUUCGUGGUAUCUCGUCGGGUAAAACAAAAGAAAAAGGAAAAAAGGAUAUAAUACAAGGAUAACGAUAAUAUUGCAACUGUUACUGAUACAAAUUUACUGAUACACUUAAUGAUAUUCAUAUGCUAUACAAAAUUAGGUGUUUUUUUACGCAUUGUGAAAGCGAAAAGCAAGCAAAUAGGGAAACAUUGUAAAAUUGAGAUUAGGAUUUUGUUGAAUAUCUUAUUUAUUUUCCAUUAACUGAAUACAAAAGCAACCAUUGACUGAUCACUUUUUAAAGUAUUAUUAUAUAAUUUUUUUUUGUAUAGGGACAAGUGUAAUUAAUGAACUAUUAUUAUUUUCUUCGAACUUUUAUAUCAUUUGUAUAGACUCGUGUUUUGCGUAACCUCUAUAAUUUACGAUCUUUGUACAGAACAAAUUUUUUACAAUUAUAUGAUUAGGUGUAAAGUGUACUACUAAAUGAAAACAAAAGUCUUUGAAAUUGUCGCGGAACAACUAAAACAUACGAAAAAUAAAACUAGGGAAAACCAAACUCAGUCAAAUACAAAAUAAAUGGAUGAUUAUGAAGCGUAAGAAGAGUAAGUAAAUCUAAGUAAUAGUAUUACGUAAUUAUGCAAACCGUGUUUACGUUUGUGUUUUUAUUUCGUUUCGAAAAUGGGGGAACGUGUGAUAAUAAAGUAACUUCGGGUCGUUCGUUCGCGUCGCGUUAAACUCAAUCAAUUUAAAAACUAACAAUAAGGGACUUUCGCCCCCGAGUCCCAAAUAAUAAUCGCAAUACUUGAUAACUUGAUAAUAAUACGGUCUAACUAAAGCGGAAGCAUAGCAAUUGCUAAAACUGAAACUAAACUAAAAUGAAAAAUCGUGAUUUCGUUGUACCUUAAUCCGGAUUCAUCGCGGAAUCCGGUCGCGUUCGCGUGCGUUUGUAUCUCUCUCGGGUGAUCUUAGUGAUUAGCGUUUAAGCAGAAAAAAAAAAUGAAAACAAAAAAACUGAAUCAACACUACUACAACUACACAUAAACAUACAACAUUAAACAUGUACACACCACACAUAUACAGCAAUAUGAAAUAUAUUUAUAGAUUUUAUGCAGAGUAGGUUUUUGUUUAAAAUAUUAUUUUUCAUUACGAUAGGGCAAACCAAAAAAAAAAGUAGGGAACAUCAAAUAAACUAAAUGUUAGGUCAAGCUAGGGCAAGAAACAAAUUAAAACAGCAAAUCAAAAGUUAUUUGUGCAGCAUUAGAGAAUUUUUUUCUUAUUUCUUUCAAUAUUAUCGUGUGUAUGCUAUUAAAUCGAUGAAGAGAACAUACCAACUGUUUUUAGUACUUUACACAAUUAUGAUAUUUAACUUCCGUUGUUUUUUUUAAGUAAAUCAAGACCAAGCCUAGUAAAUAUUGUUUUACCAUCUAUAUCUUCAUAAACAGCACGUAAAACUUUUCGUUCAUCGAACAUUCAACUCUGAUAGGUUUAUAUCUCUAAUCGUUUAAGCUUACAACCACUGUCUAGGCUAAAUCAAAUGUUCUGCAAAUGUCUAACGAAAUUGAAUAUAUAUACGGGCCUAUAUGCAUAAAUAACAUACGCAUAUAUAUGAAAUACAUGCAUGUAUGUAUAAUCCCUACAUCAAACUAUAUGGAUUACAGAUUAUUCUUCUGGAGUUUAUAUAUUUGUUUGGCUAAAAACUCCAUUUCAAAAUUCAACUAUCAAGAUUUGUGUAAAUUGAAAAGUAUAUAUAUGAAUAAAUAUGUAUGUAUAACAAAC